CCGCCAUCUCCUUCUUCCACCAUGCCCCGCGCUCUGAGCAAGCUCCUGGCCACUCAAGGCAAAGCUUCUGUGCGUGACCUCGACGCCGUGGACCUGCACACGCACGUGUACCUGCCCCGCUACAUGGACAUCCUCCGCGCUCGGAAGGACGUGCCCUUCGUCCGCCCCGGAAUCGGCGGGGAGCGGCUCAUCAUCCUCCCAGCGGAGCAGCAGCAGCUGGGGGAGAGCCAACAGCAGCCGGGAGGCAUCAGCGCCGGCCGCCCCAUUGGCGGCGAGUACUGGGACGCGAGCAAUAAGCUCCGGUACAUGGAUCGCCACGGUAUCCGCACGUCCGUGCUGAGUCUGGCCAAUCCGUGGCUCGACUUCUUGCCCCUCGAGGAGCAGAUCCGACAGGCGACGCUGCUCAACGACGACAUGGAGACGCUGUGUCGUGGCUCCAAUGGCCGGUUCUUGGCCUUUGGCGUCGUGCCGCAGGACUCCACCACCGCGGUUGAAGAGGUUGAGAGACUGUCGAGUGGCCUCCCUCACGUCCGCGGGGUGAUCCUGAGCACCGCCGGCUUGAACGGCAAAGGGCUGGACGACCCGGAUAUGCUCGAGUUCUACCGGGCCAUGGAUCGCGCGGGGCUGACGAUCUUCCUGCACCCGCACUACGGAGUGGGGAACGAACACUACGGCAAGUGCGGACACGCGCUGUUCCUCGCGUUGGGCUUCACGUUCGAGACGACCGUGGCGGUCUCGCAGUUGGUGCUGUCGGGACUAUUGGACCAAGUGCCGGACACUUUGAGACUGCUGCUCGCACACUCCGGAGGCUCGCUGCCGUUCCUGGCUGGACGACUCGAUAGCUGCGUGGAGCAUGACGCCGCCAUCGCGCAGAAUUUGCAGCACGCGCCGAGUGUCUAUCUCAAGAGGUUUUACUACGAUGCGGUGGCGUACCACGAGCCGGCGUUGCAGUGUCUGAUCGACUUUGUCGGGGCGGAUAGAAUCGUCUUCGGCACGGAUCACCCGUUCUUCCCUCCUAUUAAGGACAACAAGGAGGUGCCGGAGGGAGAAGGUGGAGAAGACUUGAGCGAACUGGACUGGCACUCGACGUUGGCCAACUACGAGAUCAUGGCCAACAUGAGCAAGGACGUGCAGAGCGCCAUGCUACGCGACAACGCCAAAAGGCUGAUGGGGAUCUAG